CGAUUUUAAAUCAAACGUGAAAUACAGCUGCAAUUUUUUUAACCGUCAGCAUAUUUUAUUUCUUCUUAGAGUGGCUCAAAUUAAGGAAUUUAAAGCUUUGAUGCUGUCGCUUAAAAUUGAACCAAUAAUCGUUCGUAAAAAUUAUGUUUCAAGACUAAAAUUCAUUGAUUUACGUUGAAUCUGUUGAAAACCAUUACAUAUGCUUUUGCUUUAUAAGAGCUUUGUUCUACGUAUAUUAAAUGCUAACUGUUGAUUUUUGGUGAUGCUUAGUUACUUAGUUGUAAUGUAUUAUUUAGAAAAAGGACGAGCAGCUGGACAUCUUUAACAAUGACAUAGUUCGCUUGAAUACAUAUCCGAAGAACUCGUAUGACAAUUGUAGCAACGAUGAGGUUACCAAAAAUGGAAUAUUUCGUACAUGUGAUAAUUUUUGUUGAAUGCUGCUUUAUAAAGCUUUGUUCCGUUUAUGGUUUGGUUAAUAGUCAUUGCAUUCCAAGAAGCCUGUGAUUUUGAGAACUUUUGUAGUGGUUGUUUAAAAAACCUAAAGUGAUUUAUCAGCUUCGUAAAUCCCGUUUUGUUCGAUCGCGCUGCUAAAAGAGAAAAAUCAUAUAAAAGGGUGCUCUCAAGCAUCUCCUGCAAAUGCUUGUGUGUGUCCGGAAACAGAGUUCCUGAAAUUUUUCCCGACUCCGGAUUCUAAUCCAUUGCAGAGCGUUAAAGAAACAGAAAGUCCAACUAAAAUACAGAAGAUACGCAUUAGCGGAGUAUUUAAUGUUGAAACCUUCGCUUCACGCCUGAAAGAAGAUGUCACUAAGUAUAUAUCACGGAAACCAUGGCAAAUUCCAGAUAAUUCUCGGAUUUUUGAGGCCUCUUCCAUAUUGAAUAUCGUCAUUCAGAGCUUCAAGGAUUCAUCAGUGAAAGGGAAAGUAGAAGUUUCAAGAGAAUUCAUCGAUGAUAAAAAUAAUUUUCACGAUAACCGAGAAAAAGAUACACGCAGUGAAAUGUUGAGUCACGUCACUUCCAGCCAUAAAGAAUUGAAUGAAAUUUUGAAGAAGUUUGCAGAGGAAAGUAUUCGAAUCGCGGUGCAAAACGUCGAUAGAAAAAGGGAUGCCAGAGCGACUGCCAAUGAAAAGUUCUCAACAGAGAAAGGAGAAAAAGAAAGGGAAUCACUAGAUACGCAGCAAGUAAAGCCACUUAUGAAAGAUAUUGAUACAUUAUCCAGAACUCACGAUAACUCAACUGGAACUACUAACCAUGAUCAUCAAAAUGAAGUGAACAAUUAUCAUCAUAGUCCAGAUAUUGAUACAUUAUCCAGAACUCACGAUAACCCAACUGGAACUACUAAUCAUGAUCAUCAAAAUGAAGUGAACAAUUAUCAUCAUAGUCCAGAUAUUGAUACAUUAUCCAGAACUCACGAUAACCCAAAUGGAACUACUAAUCAUGAUCAUCAAAAUGAAGUGAACAAUUAUCAUCCUAGUCCAGAUAAAACGAAUACUCCUGACGAUCGCCUAGAUGGAACAAUCAACCAACCAAGUAACCCAUAUGAAACGAUUCAAUCAGUUGAGUCAGAACAUUUAACAACGCCACAACCCGUUUUGGCUGAAGAAUUAAGUGAGAAUAUUGCUGAGAAAUUCCCAAUGGAUGAUAAAGAAAACCUAAAACCAAAACAGGACGAAAGUGACCACCUAAGCUCAUCUUCCUAUGAAGGCGAUGAAAUAUUUUCUUUGAGUGAGUGUUUGUCCACUCAACUAAGUCCAGUAGCCGUGCCUUCUGCUCUUUACUAUAGAAAAGGUUCCAUGCUUCAUAAGGAUGUUGACCUAGAAGACAAGCAUCUGGUUGAAAUUAGAGAAGUUCUUCCGAAUGGUCGCAUCAAAGUAACAUUGGGGGAGAGGAAUUCGGAUCAAAGUGCAAGAGAUGAAAGGUGGGUGACGAAUAUUCUGGACACUUUAGGUUCCUUGAAAGCGGAUCACCAAAAUUUCGAAGAAGACGAUCCCAUUUUUCACCCUCCUUAUAGUAAACGCUACACACCGCCAAGAAAAUCGGCAGCGGCUACUCAUUUAGAGUAA